AUGGCUAGUGUGAGUGAUAAAAUAAUCAGACUCAAUGCUUUCCAAGAAGUCAGUGUAAGUGUGUGCAGCCCAUCGGAAAUUGUGUCAGUUGAACUUAUAGAUGGUAGUGCUGAAAUUUUUGGUGUUGAAAUGAUUAAAAAUGCAGUGAGAACAUUUUCUUCCUCUUUUGCUGUGCAUACCAGCAGUGGUUGUUCUUUGAAGUUUAUUGGUGCUCCAGCUGGAAUUAGAACUCAAUCCACUAAUUCUGUUAUCUAUGACAUUCACAAAAAUCUUCAAGAUAGUAGGGAAAGAGCAUUUAAGGAUGGCAAAUUAGGGCCUAUAGUGUUAUUUACUGGCCCAACUGAUGUUGGUAAAAGUACAAUUACCCGCUCAUUGUUAAACUACGCUGUUCGAUGCAAUACACAGCCCAUAUUUAUAGAUUUAGAUGUUGGCCAAAGCUCAAUAUCGUUACCAGGCACUGUAGGUAUAUUGCCCGUUGACUGUCCUGGUGAUCUUGUCAAAGGAUAUUGCGAACAGAAACUAUCUGUUUACUUUUUUGGUCAUAAGAGCCCAGGUUUUAAUAUGUUACUAUACUUUGAGCUCAUUAAUAAACUAAGUGUCACCAUGUAUAAUCGUUUAGAAGUUUCACCGAAGAUUUCUUCAUCAGGUACCAUUAUUGAUACGUGUGGUUGGAUUACUGGACAAGGUUAUUUGGCGAUACUUCAUGCUGCCAGAUCUUUCCAGGUUUCAACAGUAUUUGUUAUAGAAGAUCGAGAACUUUAUGCUAAUCUUAGACAAGAAUUGCCUACAGCCACAGUAACAUUUUUAAACAAAUUAGAUGGUGUUACAGUAAGAAGUAAGGCAUUUCGAACUAAUAAAAGAAAGGAGCUCAUUCAGGAAUAUUUUUAUGGUGCUGACAGAAUUUUAAACUCUUAUUUAUUUGAAAUAGAAUAUCGAGAUUUUCGCAUAAUAAGGAUAUGUAACACUGUUAAUAAAAUUAGCCAAUAUAUGUAUGAUGAACCUCAUAAAUAUCUUGAUAUUAAAAAUGUCCCACUGGAUCAUUUAAUGAUCAAUCAAAUUUUAGCUAUCAGUUAUGCUAGUACUGUUGAAGAAGUAAUUACAACAAGUGUUUUGGGAUUUAUCUGUGUGAAAGAUAUAGAUUUUGAAAAUCGUAUAUUAAAGGUUUUGUCUCCUCAACCUGGACCUUUGCCAAAUAAUCUUCUAAUCGCAGGUGAUAUUUUCUAUGAAACCUAG